GGCCCAGCAACCCCAGCUCUUUGGGUCAAUUGUGACCCGACUCGAGCGCCACCGCCGCCGCCGCCGCCGCCGCCUUGCCCUCGGCUCCACCACCGUUACCCUCGUGUCCCCGCGUCGCCGCCGGGACGCGCAAGCUCAGGGCUGGCAAACCCGUUCGCAGCGGCGGCGGCGCUAUGGGCAAGAAGAAUAGCGGCGCCAGUGGCGCUUCGACGCCGGCGAGGGCCUCCAACCAGGCCGUGUCGAUCCGCGACGAGACCUCCGGGAGGACGCGCGUAGACGAGGCCUCCCUGCUGAGGGUCAAGCACCUGCAGCGGCUAGCGUCGUGGGCGGGCGCCGAGGCCGGGGUGGGCCCGGUCGCCGCGCUGCUGGGGCGCCGCCUCGCCUCGAGCGCCGAGGCCGCUGGAGUACCCCUUGGCGCUGCCACUUUCCUUUGCCAGAGGUGUGAGACAGUCUUAAAGCCAGGCUUCAACUGCAGUGUCCGCAUAAGGAACAAGAGAAAUAAAGCUAAACGGCGGAAGAAAUCAAACUGCUGUCAGAACAGCAUUUCCUAUGCAUGCCAUUUCUGUGGAGAUCAGAAUCUAAUAUUGGGUAGUGGGAAGGGUGUAGUUAAGAGCUUGUUACCAUCAAGAGAUCAUGCUACCAUGGCCUUAACCGGUAGAAUUUUGAAAGGAAACAACAGCAACACAAGAAUACGAGAUAGGAAAAACGUGCUUGAGCAUUCUCAAGCAGCAACUUUGCAAGUGGAUUCACCAUCCGGGUUGAGACAGUCAACUUCUGAAAGGGGUGAACAUGGGGAAAGGUUAAAAUGUAAUCUCUCUAUUGAUUGCAAAAUGGAGGAAGGAGCGAUCUUGUCAAUGGUGAAGCCUGGUCAUUUAGCAGCCUCUACAUCUGAAGAAGUUAGCAUACAAGUAGUAGAAAUUACAAAUGAUGAACAGAUUCGUGAAACUGAGCCUAUUUCUUGCGAGAAGGUUAAAAUAUGUGAAGCCAACGCUACUUCGGAAGCAGAAGUUCCGGUUGGAUUGCCAUUUGUCACGCCUCAGAAGAAGAAACUAACGGAGGUGAAUUCGGCAGAACCAUUCAAGACAGGAAGCAAGGCGAGCGAGAAAGGGGAGAAUUCUGGCUCAAUUACUGGCAAUACCGUUUCAAGCUCUAUCAAGUCUGCCCCAAAUGACUCUCGUAAGAAUUCAAAAUGUGCAGCAAGUGAUUCUGCUCAGGUCUCUGGUAGUUCGAGGAAGCGGGCAAAGAAAGGGUGGACUACGCUGAAACAGAUAGCUGAGAAGGAUGAGCUCGAGAGGAGGGAGAAGAUGAGUAACUUUGUGAUCCCAUUCUUCAUGCAGUAAGCGGGAUGUUACAAUUUUUGCCCACAAUAUAAUCGUUUCAUCAUUGGUGUAUCUUCUGAGAACGGCAAUGUAGUUUUGGUGUGAAAGUGAGCUAUUUAGAAUUUUAAAAUCUUGUAUCGAUCAUGCGGGUAGGAUAAAAGAAAUAUGAGGUUACCCAUAGUCUUGAAUUCAGCCAAAGGGCAAGCAAUGGGUUUUCUUGUUAUG